CUCGCCGCGAUUCCGCGGCCCUGCAGCCGCUGCCGCCACCAGCGCAGCACCCGCAGCCGCCGCCGCCGCCAGCAGAGCGCACCGGGCUGGCCGGGCGAGUGGCCAUGGCGGGCGCCGAAGACGGGCCGAGCCAGCAGCCGGAGCUCGACGAGGACGAAGCGGCGUAUUGCCGGCGCUGGGGCGCGCAGCAUGCCGGGGCCCGCGAGCUGGCUGCUCUCUACUCACCAGGCAAGCGCUUCCAGGAGUGGUGCUGUGUGGUCCUGUGCUUCAGCCUCAUCGCCCACAACAUGGUCCACCUCCUGCUGCUGGCCCGCUGGGAGCACACGCCCCUCGUAAUGCUGGGCGUCGUUGCAGGGGCGCUCAUCGCUGACUUCUUGUCCGGCCUGGUGCACUGGGGAGCUGACACCUGGGGCUCCGUGGAGCUGCCCAUCGUGGGGAAGACUAGAACAAGAAUCCCCUGGGAUUUUCUGGAAGCAUCGGGCAUGGGACAGAGAGCUUUGAUACAUGUUAUCUCACCAGAACCCCUUAAACUUUGGGACCACGCCACAUCUUGUUCUCCUUUGCCUGCCCUGCUGCACCUCACGGCUUUCAUCCGGCCGUUCCGGGAGCAUCACAUUGACCCGACAGCCAUUACGCGGCAUGACUUCAUUGAGACCAACGGGGACAACUGCCUGCUGAUGCUGCUGCCACUGUUAAACAUGGCCUACAAGUUCCGCACCCAGAGCCCCGAAGUCCUGGAGCAGCUGUACCCCUGGGAAUGCUUCGUCUUCUGCCUGGUCAUCUUCUGCACCUUCACCAACCAGAUCCACAAGUGGUCACACACGUACUUCGGGCUGCCGCGCUGGGUCGUCCUCCUACAGGACUGGCAUGUCAUCCUGCCUCGUAAACACCAUCGCAUCCACCACGUCUCACCCCAUGAGACCUACUUCUGCAUCACCACAGGCUGGCUCAACUACCCUCUCGAGAAGAUGGGCUUCUGGAGACGCCUAGAGGACAUUAUCCAGGGCCUGACAGGCGAGAAGCCUCGGGCAGACGACAUGAAAUGGGCACAGAAGAUCAAAUAACUCCUCCGGGCCACCACCUCGUUGCCAACCUUCCCCAGUUCCCCUAAACCGAAGCCAUCUGCCAAAUUCCAGCCUCCUUGCGCUGGCCCCUCCAGGUGGAGAGGACACCUCCUGGGCUGGGCCCGGGCACCCCCAGCCCACCCCUUGUGACACAGAAUACUUGAGCCACUGAUUUUUUUCAUUUCCUUUUUUUUCGUUUUCUUUCCUUGGCCCCUUCCCAGCCACUUGAGCUGCUCUGUCUGCCAAGCCUGACUCCGCAAAAAAAAAAAAGAAAAAAGGAAAAAAAAGAGCCCCACCCUGCCAGCUAUCCCUUGGAUUGAGGAGAAGCUCACCAACUCCCCACACUCCCACCACCCCCUGCCCCACUGGGCAGCCCUUCAGUGUGGCGGGUAUUGGGGCACUGAGUCGUCUUACCCGUUCCUCUUUGUCUGCCCGCAGUCUAGGAGCCCCAGAGCACACCUAAGUGUCCCUGGAGUAUUACCCUGCCAUGGCCCUGCAGACCAACCCCAAAGGCCUGAGUGGAUAGACAGCCCCAGUCACUACCUUCAGCCUAACUGGUCCACCCAAGGAGGGCAAAGUGCAGCAAAGGGUCUGGGGGCAGCCGGCCAGAUGAGGCUGGGGUUUCCUGAUCAAGUGUGGACCCCGCUUCUCCCCUACCCCUCCCUAUCUGCCCAUGUGAUUCCAGCCAGAGCUGAUGUUUCUCAUCAGAGGAUGUCUUCGAAGGGCACAGCCCCUGCAAAGGGUCUUGGUCAUUUGAAAGGGGACACUGUCCCCUCUGGCCGGGGGUAUGUCAGAGAAGGAAGAGUGGGGCUUUUUUGUUUCGGUUAUUUUUUUUUUUAACGGUGCUUGCUUGUUUAAUGUAAAUAAUAGAAAGCCUUAAUAUCUUUUCUGUAACACGGAGUAAUAUUUUAAUGUCAUGUUUUGGAUGUACAUAAUAUAUUUAUAACAAAGCA